AUGGAGCCGGACAAUGCCCCGAACUCCAAACUCAAACCAGCUGGAGUCGGGGGGAGAGUUUUAUUUUUCUGCGCUAUCCUCUACUGUGCUUGCUAUCUGGGACUUGCUCAGGCAGAAACUGAAGAUGUGGAUAUUCUGCAGAAGCUGGGCCUGCUGGGAAAGAGGCUGUCCUCAGGUACGCGUUCUGUACCCCGAGGAGUCAUCCCAUUCAAAUCGGGAGUCAUUCUCACGCAACAAGCACGGAUUGAGGCGCCGGUUAGGUCUGUUGUCCCACUAACACUGGGCACAGAGUUCUCCCUUAUAUUCAGCGUGUGUUCGCAUCGCAUUAACAAUGCAUUUCUCUUCACUGUUGUGUCAAAGAAGAAGAGACUGCAGCUUGGGGUGCAGUUCAUCCCGGGAAAAAUUGUGGUGUAUGUAGGGCAAAAGAACUCUGUAUAUUUUAAUUAUGAUGUUCACAAUGGCCAGUGGCAUAACCUGGCCAUGGACGUCCAAGCCCAAAGGGUUACAUUAUAUACUUCUUGUGGGAAGACAAGCGUACAUGCAAAUUUGCAUUUUAAAAAUGAGGAAACUCUAGAUCUGGAUGGCUCCUUUCUUUUAGGCAAAAUGAGCCAGAACUCUGUGCAAUUUGAAGGAGCCAUCUGUCAAUUGGAUAUACACCCCUCUGCUAAGGCAGCUCAUAAUUAUUGUAAGUACAUUAAAAAACAGUGCAGGGAAGCUGACACCUAUCGACCAAACCUUCCACCCCUCCUACCCCUAUUACCCACAGACCCCCAUACUUUUCCGUUUGGUGUAACUGAAUUUAUUAACAAUGGUUUUAGACCCAGUCAAAGCUUCACACAAGACAGGACCAGCAGUAAGAUUAAUGGCCACAGAGGGCGGAAUACAUCUCUUUUGAUAACAUCACAGGCAGACUUUGUGUCCCUUCCUGUGCUUGGCACAGUUGCCCCAAGGAUAGCCCAGCCUACUCUUCAGGUCCCAGUGCAGACCGAAACACAAACCGUCACAUCACCCCUCAGGACAGGUGGAUUGCAAAUGUUUCCCAAGCCAACCAAGCAGAGCAGCCACAAAAAGAGCACAGAGGAGCUUGGUGCUAAAACUCAGAAAUCGAAAGGGAAAAGUGUGGCUGCCACCACCAAACCAGCAAAGAAGAGCUCAUCCCUCUUUCCCAAGAAGCAGCUGACCACGCUAGCUGCACGGAGACCUGAGCCAAUGGUGACCACCCUCCGCUAUGCCAAACCCACUUCUUCUGCGCCUGUCACCCCAGCAGCCACAGAUGGUUUCCAAACUUUUGACGUGGAACCGACACAAUUCUCCCUCCUGACAGGACCACCUGGACUUAAAGGAGAACCAGGACCACCGGGACCUCCAGGACCUCCUGGCAAGCCAGGGUUACCAGGGAAACGAGGGCCACGGGGUCCCCCUGGUCCCCAUGGAAACCCAGGCCGCCCAGGUCCCCCUGGAGUCAAGGGAAGAAAAGGAGAUCCUGGCCUUUCACCUGGCAGGGCGCCAAAUGGACCAAAAGGAGACCCUGGUCCUCUGGGCCCACCUGGAUUACCCGGCCAACCUGGUCGAAAGGGACAGAAGGGUCAUCCUGGAUCACCUGGUCUACCAGGAGAACCUGGAGAGCGAGGACUUGAUGGAAGCCCAGGUGCCAAAGGUUAUCCUGGCAGGCAGGGCUUGCCUGGGCCUAUAGGGAAUCCAGGGCCAAAAGGAGUCCGGGGCUACAUAGGAAUCCCUGGGCUCUUUGGCCUCCCGGGGUCUGAUGGAGAAAGAGGUAUUCCUGGUGUUCCUGGGAAGAAGGGCAAGAUGGGUAGGCCGGGGUUUCCUGGGGAUUUCGGGGAGCGUGGACCACCAGGACCAGACGGAAACCCAGGUGAACUCGGUGCCCCUGGUCCUAGAGGAGUUCCCGGUCUCAUUGGAGAUAUGGGCCCCGUUGGUACCAUGGGCCCUCCAGGACCGAUUGGACUCAAGGGGGUACCAGGAAAUCCAGGAGAACCAGGACUGAAAGGUGAUAAGGGUGAAAUUGGUGUUCCAGGAGAGCCAGGGGAGCCAGGAUUCCAAGGCGACAAGGGUAUUCAGGGUGCACCGGGAAUGCCAGGCAUUCGGGGAAAACCAGGACCACCGGGGAAGUCUGGAGACCGAGGCCCAGAUGGUCUUCCCGGCCCCCCAGGCCCAGAAGGUUUUCCAGGAGACAUUGGCCCACCGGGAGAAAAUGGUCCUGAGGGCCCAAAGGGGAAGCCAGGAGCAAGGGGAAUCCCUGGGCCAAGAGGUGCUGCUGGAAUGGAGGGCGAUGAAGGGCCUAUUGGACCACCUGGACCCCCUGGACCGGAGGGCAGACCUGGGAGGAAGGGAUUCUCUGGAAAACCAGGAGCAGAGGGACCGAAGGGCGAACCCGGCAUAACUGGAAAAGUUGGAAUCAUGGGCGAAAGGGGUCUCAUUGGAUUUAUCGGGCCUAUUGGUGAAAUGGGACUUGCUGGGGAAAAAGGUGACCGUGGGGAGAUGGGAGCACCUGGGCCACCAGGGGAAAAGGGAGCGAUGGGACACCCUGGAACUCCAGGGGAAAGAGGAUCUUCUGGACCACCAGGUAUACCAGGGCCUCCCGGAUCUAGGGGUCUCAUUGGCACCAGGGGACCCAAAGGAAGAAGGGGUGCAAGAGGACCUGAUGGGUCUACUGGGGAGAAAGGACCGCCAGGAAACAAGGGUCCUGAUGGCCCACCGGGAAAAGUGGGAUUCCCAGGACCGAUGGGAAAGAUUGGGGAAACAGGGGAGACCGGACCAGUUGGAUUUCCAGGCAUUCCAGGACCCUCAGGACCACCAGGAGCGAAAGGAAUCCCAGGAGAGCCGGGGCCUCCGGGGCCUCCAGGAACAUUAGGACCUCUGGGAGAAAUUGGUUUUAAGGGUCCACCAGGGAAGGUUGGUGAAAGGGGCCUGCCAGGUGAACCAGGAGAGAAGGGUGCUCUCGGACCACCUGGAAGCAUUGGAGAGCAAGGCUUGAUUGGUCAGAGGGGUGAACCUGGACUGGAGGGAGACAUUGGACCUAGUGGACCUGAUGGAGCCAAGGGAGAAAAAGGUGACUUGGGACCAGAGGGUGAAAAAGGAGAAAAAGGUGAAAUAGGCCUAAAAGGAAAAGAGGGCCCUCCUGGAGAUCCUGGUUUAGUAGGCGUUCGAGGUCCUGAGGGCAAACCUGGGAGAAUUGGUGAAAGGGGAAAGCCAGGAGAAAAGGGUAGCAAAGGCCAUCAGGGUCACCUGGGAGAGACUGGCCCAAUUGGAGAUCAGGGUGUCCCUGGUUUUAUUGGGCCAAAAGGAUCUCGAGGAACAAUUGGAUCUGUGGGAGCUCCCGGAAAAAUGGGCCAACAAGGAGAACCAGGAAUACCAGGAUAUGAGGGUCAUCAGGGGCCUCAGGGGCCUAUUGGCCCUCCUGGCCCAAAAGGUGAAAAGGGUGAGCAAGGAGACGAUGGGAAACUCAGUGGUCCACCUGGACCUCCAGGUGACAUUGGUCCCGUUGGAGAUAGGGGCGAGAGAGGAGAACCAGGAGAUCCUGGAUACCCAGGUCAACAAGGAGUGGAUGGGCCAAGAGGCAGUGCUGGAGCCCCUGGAAUACCUGGACAUCCUGGACCAAGAGGACUGCAGGGCCCCAAAGGAUCCAAAGGCGAUAGGGGUCCCAAAGGCAAAUCAGGUCCCAGAGGAGAACCUGGAAGCAGAGGAUCACCUGGCCCUGUUGGUCUUCCUGGCCCUAGAGGAGUUGUGGGUCGAGAAGGACUUGAGGGAGACCCCGGCAUGGAUGGACUUCCUGGUAAAGAUGGAGUGAAAGGAAUGCCAGGUGAGCAAGGAAGAGACGGAGAGAUUGGUUUGCCUGGAAAUGCAGGUCGGCCUGGUAAAGUGGGCCCACCUGGCCUUCCAGGAAGUCAAGGUCCCUUUGGACAAAAGGGGGAGAGAGGUCUGCCUGGCCAGACUGGACCUCCAGGCAAGCGUGGACUUCAAGGAGGAAUGGGAUUACCAGGGAAGCGAGGUGACCAAGGGGCCAAAGGACAGCCUGGUGAUACAGGUGUACAAGGAUUCCCAGGAAUUCUCGGAGUGUUCGGACCCAGGGGCCCUCCUGGAGACUUGGGUCCUCCUGGAAUUCAGGGGCCAAAAGGACCACAGGGUUUUAUGGGCCGUGAGGGUACCGUGGGCCCAGUCGGUAUCAUCGGUCCCACUGGAAAUCAAGGACCCCAAGGAGACAAAGGAAGCCGAGGAGAGACGGGUGUGCAAGGACCAAGGGGUCCUCCAGGACCUUGUGGACCCCCUGGACCCCCAGGCCCACCUGGUGUACCUCUGGCAUUCAAAAAUGAGGCUCUUGGUGCUGCUUUUCAAGUUAUUAUUGACUCACAUACUGCUCUCAGGUCAGAGACUUACCAGGAUACAGAGCUUCCAAUGCUGGAUCAGGGAACAGAGAUAUUCAAGACCCUUCACUACCUCAGUUACCUGAUCCACAGCAUCAAGAACCCUUUAGGAACCCAAGAGAAUCCUGCCCGUAUGUGCAGGGAUCUCCUAGACUGUGAGCAAAAGAUGAAUGAUGGCACUUACUGGAUAGAUCCCAAUCUUGGUUGCUCCUCUGACACCAUAGAGGUGACCUGCAACUUCACCAGUGGAGGCCAAACUUGUCUGAAGCCCGUCACAGUGUCUAAGUUUGAGAUCGGUGUGGGUCUGAUCCAGAUGAACUUUGUGCACCUCCUGAGCUCUGAAGCCGUUCAGCACAUCACCAUCCACUGCCUGAAUGUGCCAGUGUGGACUGAAGGCUUCUCACAGCCACCUUCUCCCAACGCUGUGCACUUCAAAGCCUGGAAUGGACAGAUGAUCAAAGCUGGAGGAUUUAUCGAGCCACUUUUGCUAAAAGAUGACUGUUGGCUAACGGAUGGCCGGUGGCAUCGGACGGAUUUUGUAUUCCGGACAGAAGACCCAAAUUUGCUCCCUAUUGUGGAUGUGUUUAAUUUGCCAAGUACAAAACCAGGCUCACACUACCACCUGGAGGUGGGGCCUGUGUGUUUUUUAUAG